GUUUGUGGUAACUAGUGACGACCGUCGUGGGAAGCUUGCUAGCUAACGAUACAGGCUAGCUGAAAAUCGAAGUGCAAAGUUGUCCGAUGAAGGACCGGUAUACAGAAUGGACAAAGAAUUAAACGAAGAAAUAUUGCAAGACUUGUAUGCCUGGAUAGACAAAAUACCACUGUCCAGACCUAAGAGGAAUAUAACAAGAGACUUCAGCGACGGAGGUAGGGUAUCUAAAUUAACGACGUCCUUAGAGAGGGAGAGACCCAGUAACUGGAAAUGAAUCUGCUCUGGAUCUUACUCUGAUCUCUAGUUCAAUGAUGGAAGGCAGAUGUAGCUGGGGGGCAUGGGAGGAUUCUACAGGGGGUAGUGAUCACUCCCCAAUCAAGUGUACUGUUAGAAACAUAGGCAGCACUACUCUUGUGGGAGUGGUAUGGGGGAUGAUUAAGAGGAUGAUUGGGGUCAGACGAGAUUGGGAUCCCCAUGUGCUGAAAAGUGGGGAGACUGUUGCAGUGAAACACAUGGAGAAGACAGAGAUGUUAGCCCAGGCAUUUGUGAAGGUGCACAGUUCGGUCCCGCUUUAAAUGAUGUUCAGCUUAUAAAGGCUUCAUAAAGUCUUCAUAAUGCCUUCAUAAGCACUACAAAAACGUGUUACAAAGCAUCUAUAACCAUAUGUCAUGCUUUAUAAAGGGUCAUAAAUGUGGCAUAACUGUGUGACAUAAUCCACUAUGUCAAAUAUGAUAUAAACGUGCUUUAUAAUGGGUGACAUGCUGUGCUGAAGGAUGGCACACGCUCAAAAGUGAUGUCAUGUUAGUCACAUUACACCUAAUCUUGUUCCCAGACACUUCUGCCCAAAUGCGCGGAAGGUCUGGUGGACCAACUUGGCCUUCAUUAGUUAGGGUAUGGUUUAAAAUCACAUUUUAAGAAGAUACAUUGUGGAAAUGGGAGGGUCUAGCAAUAAUUAUGACUUUUUGACUGUGUUAAGUAGUGACGAUAACAAAUACUUUACUCAUCAGUAAGGUCACGCCUAUAGAAUUCUAUGGUCACUCCCACUAAGGCCAACUUUGAAUGGUGUGUGCAAUAGCCUGGGGACGACGAUACACCAAAAACCACUUACCUUGAUGAAAGACCCCAAACCUAAAGAAAUUGAAAGUGUCUUUCUUCUAGAACCAAGUUACAUGUUCCUCAGUACACAAACAUACACACAACAAAAUCAAGCCAUACCACGCGGUGCUGGGCCAGGUCUUUGACACAUUCACCCACUCCCCAGCUGAAAGAUCAGACACUAAAUGUUGCCACCAUUGUAACAGGUUGUAACCAAGCCCUGGUCUCCAGCAUGGGAACAGAAGAGGAAUACCUGGUGUGGUGGUCUUAGGUUGGACUACUCCAAAUCAUCGCGGUUCUGACACACACACACACACACACACACACACACACAAACGCAUGCUUUGCAGGUCCAUCAAUCCAUUUCAAUACCUCUCACACCCUACAGUAUCAUGUGGAUCAUGAGAGAACCUUCAUAAAUCAGCAGAACGUUAAUAACCUGUUUAUUGACAGUUUAUGUAGUGUCCUGUAAUACUUAGUUUGAAGUAACGCAUCCAUAAAGACUCUAUAUCGCAUGAUGCUGUACUUACCAUAAAGUCAGACACCUUUGGUCAUUCAUAACACGUACAUAAAGGCUUAAUUUUUUAUUUUAUUUAACCUUUAUUUAACUAGGCAAGUCAGUUAAGAACAAAUUCUUAUUUACAAUGACGGCCUACACCGGCCAAACCCGGACGACGCUGGGACAACUGUGCGCCGCCCUAUGGGACUCCCAAUCACAGCCGGUUGUGAUACAGCCUGGAAUCGAAACAGGGGGUCUGUAGUGACGCCUCAAGUACUGAGAUGCAGUGCCUUAGACCACUGCGCCACUCGGGAGCCCCAUGAUAAUGAUGUAAACACAAAUCUAUUAACACUUAGGGAAUUAUCACUAACAGCUAAAACAAAUAAACAUUAAAGACAUGUUUAAACCAUACAUUUCCUUUUAUUUGUAAACACUUUAAAGAAUACAAAUACAUGAAGUUUCAAAAAGUCCAGCAAUGCAAUUACAUUGAACAUUACACACGGCGGACGAAUGGUUGAACUGGCGGACGAAUGGUUCUUGCCUCUCUUCCUGCUGGAGGUACUGCAUGUUGGUUCCACCCUUAAAAGUAACAACAAAGAAAGUUAGCAGGUCUGUUAGGAAAUACCUUUGUCACACCAUCUGGAUAAGGGCAUUUCUGUGCUGCGCCAGAAACUCUAAAUGGGAAGAUGGGAAACUCCAUUCAAUUCAUAUUAUUAUAUUCCUCUGGGACACAUAAGGCUCAACAGUACAUUCAAAUUGGUUGGAAAACAUCCGACUUGGAGGUGUGAUCAUGAGGAGAUGGAGACCGUGGAACACGUUAUUUCAGUGCCAGCAAUAUGGGAGGGAAAGGGGAUGUAGUAUUUAAUUAUGUAUUUUGUUUCCUUAAUUUCCUUGAGGAGACGAGAAUAAUGGGUAGGAGCUAGAACUUCCCUGUUUCUGGUCCACACUCUAGUCCAGUUGGUGGUGGUAAAGCAUCUUAAAGUUGGUUGCCAAUUGCCCUAUAAAAACCACAGAAGAAGCAGGAGAGAGGUGGAGGCAGCGUGUGGCUGAAAAUUGUUUAUUCUGGGCCUAGGGUAGCGUUUCCCGAACUCGGUCCUCUGGACCCCAAAAGGUGCACGUUUAGUUUUUUGCCCUAACACUACACAGCUGAUUCAAAUGAUCAAAGCUUGACGAUUAGUUCAUUAUUUGAAUCAGCUGUGUAGUGCUAGGGCAAAAACCAAAACGGAACCUUGGCCUAGGGGCUAACUUAGCUACUUGAGUUAACCAACAUCUUUGGUGCAUGGUCAUUUAUAAAUUAUUUACAUUUACAUUUACAUCAUUUAGCCGACGCUCUUAUCCAGAGCGACUUACAAAUUGGUGCAUUCAACUUAUGAUAGCCAGUGGGACAAUGAUGAAACUAUUAUAAUUGAAAUAUGUAUUACAUUAUUAAUUGAAUUACUUUUCUUUCUGUUGUCAGUUUUAUUGAGCACUGUCCUGUGGUUGUCAACUAAGCAUAGUUAGUCCAGACAGAAACAUGUCAUAGCAGUGUUGUUUAUAUCGGCCAUUGUUCCAGUGAUGGCUGCUGAGGUCGUCAAGUAUUUCUUUCCCAAACUGGUGGAGCUUCACAACUACAGCCCAGCCAACUCUAUACAGCAGAAACUCAGCAACUGGGGCACUCUCAACAGGCAAGUAAGUGUGUGUGUGUGAGUGUGUGUGCGUGUGCAUGUAGGCCUGCAUGUGUUUGUGUGUGUGUGUGUGCUACUGUACUGAAUAGGUUCCCCUGGGAAUCGUAGAGAAUUUGAUGCUGUAUUCUGCUUCUAAGCAACUACACAGGGCCGUGAGAACUCCUACUCACUGACCACUGGGUUGGACCACAGCCAUUUUGGACCCAGCCAUAGAGAUACAUAAAAUAGCCCUAACUGCAUAGAUUAACAUAUGUUUCCUCUACUCUCGCCCCAGGGGAAGUUUUCCCAAGGUACAGAUCUAGCAUCAGCUUCCCCUCCCCCAAUCUAACCUUAACCAUUAGUGGGAGAAAUGCAAAACUGACCCAAAAUCUGCGUGUCUCCAUGUUUACAGGAAGGUGUUCUCCAAGCUGAACUUCCACAUCCCAGAGGAGACAGUGAAGAGGAUAGUGGUGAGCACUGCUGGAGCCAUAGAGCCUGUCCUCUGUUCGCUCCGAGAAAGGAUUGACGAAAAGAGACAGCAAUGCACUGAAGACGCACUACUGGUGUGCAAUGUGCAUGUGUGUGACCAUCUAACAUUCAAUCAAACAACCUUUGAUGAUCAAACAUUCCAUUCUCAUCAUGCACACAUCCAGUCCCUGUACAUAGGGUAGAGCAUAGCAUACAAUAGAACAGAGGUGUAAAAUAAAAACACACUAACUAUUCUUCUGUCUCCUAGGAUGUGGAAUACUACAACACCAGGAACCAAGAGAAACCUCUCACAGGUACAGAAACCUGACCCCUGACCUAACCCCUGACUCAGGCACUGUGUACAGCGCUGUUGGUUCUCUCUCUGCAGUGAAGACAAACAGUUGUAUAAUGUGACACAGUUGUAUAGGGUGACUCCUCUGCUGACCCAGAUAUACUCAGCACCUUCAGUUAGCUGGUAGUUAGAGGAGGUGACUGAGUCAGGACUUGGUCAGCUGCACACACACACACACAGACAAAGACACACACACACACACACGCACACACAUAGAAGUGAGUCAGGAGCCGCUGCAGUCAGUAAUGUCCUUUAAAGGGCUGAUAAUGUAUGGGAGCAUCCAACAACAACAUCACCGUCUCCAUUAGAAGUAUCCAUGUAACUCUGUUGUCUGUACGCAAACCCUAACCCCUCCCAUUCAGUCCAUAGGAUGCCCAGGCUGUGUCCUCUCAGCCCAGAGCCAGUAGUCUCACUGUUCUAUCUACCUUCUCCUGCUGACGUACAGAUAGACACAUGGACAGAUGGACAUCCUUCUACUGCUGACGGACGGGCGGACAGACAGAUUAGAUGGGGGUGCCGAUGUAACAUCCACUGUCUCUGUUUUUCCUUCUUCUAUGUCCCUCAGAGCCACCUCCCAACGACGCCCAGAUGAAACCAGGACUGGGGAAGAAGAAAGAGGAGAGGGCACACGUACACCAACACACAGACAAGACUAGGUACUACUAACGCACGGUGUGUCAGUCUUUAAAUGUAAUGGACGUGUUCCAGGUCAUCUUUUAUUGUAGUCGUGCUCCACAGAUGAUCAGAUCUCACAAACAUCUGGAGGAGGAACCAUAUUCAUUUGUUUUAGUAAUCCUCUGAGAUGUGCAGCACAACAGCAACAAAUAUUGUGCGAUCUGGACUAUAAUGUGUGUGUGUAGCACUGUGCUAGGUUCUCAGGUGGACCCAACCAUCCGUCUGGUGCUGGAGGAGAAGGAGCAAGCUCUACUUGCCCUACAGGAGACUGUGGAGGUACCCACACACACACACACACACACACACACUCUCUGGGCGGCAGGGUUACAGGUGUUAUCUGGCCUCUUGAGUGACACCUCCUGACUGUAAUGUAGAGGAAGCGGGAGUGUGUCACUAUCGGUCAGCAGAUAUGUUUCCUGUGUGUGUGUGUGUAAGCAGUGUCAGCAGUGAGCUUUCAGCAGACAUCAGCUGUGGGUUUCCACUAAUGGCUUUUUAUCAUUACUGUGUUAAAAAUGGUCAGCAAGAUCACGCACACACAUUUACACUUGUCACUGCAGUGUCACAUCCGUUCUUUGAUAGGAGAUAGUUAUAUGACCAAGCUAGACCCCAAAAAAAUAUCAGUAAUGUGUGUAAUUAAAUACAUUGUUUACACUGAGGUGUGUGUGUGUAGAUCCUGCAGAUCAAGGUGAACAGACUGGAACACCUGGUUCAGCUGAAGGACAUGAGAAUAGAAGACCUGACACGCCAUCUGGAGAGAUACAAGGCCAGGGCGAACGUGCCUUGAGACGCACAGAAGCACGGACACACACAGAAACACACACUUAACUCUCAGACACAGCCAGAAACAACAAAUACACCUCUCUCCUUUUUUAUAAACUCUAUUUUUCUAACAAGAAAUGCUUGUUUUUCUAUCAGCCUUUCUGUAAACUAGCACUGAAUGUUUUGUGAAGCAUUUGUUGAAUUUAUUAGAUCAUAUCAGAUUAUAUUGAGAAUUAGUGUUUUCUAUCAAUAAUGUGCUAUAUUGAGUGGACUACUAGACUUUAGUGUCUAUAAGGUUUGUUGUGUGGAUCUGAUGUGUCUAUUGCUGUGCCUUUAUAACAGCCAUGUGAACUUUAACCUCUGAAGCUGUCUAAUUAAAACAC